AUGUCCCAUGCACCCAAUCCUACGGCCCCUGAUGUCGACAUCGACAUUCACACGACCCUUCGCCUUAUGCAGGAGCAAAUGCAACAACAGCAGGAGCAGAUGCAGCAACAGCAAGCCUUCAUGCAACAACAACAAAACCUUUUGCAACAACAGCAAGCCAGGAUUCAGCAACUGGAAACCGAAUCUAUCGAGCAGGAUGGCAAAGUGGUCCACAAGCCUCGAGUGACCACUCUCAAGCUCUAUCAAGAACUCAUUGACGUCUAUCCAGCCAUUGCGGAACCCAAAUUCUUCGAUUCCGAACUCCCCAAGAACCACGAUGUUUUCGAAUGGAACGACUUCCAUUAUACCGAGGGUAUGGAUUACAAGCCUCCCCCGGUUUUGCAGCACUCCGAGGUGUCACUCGCGGACACAGCCAAGCGACACGAGCGAGAUUUGGCAACAAUCCAAGGAUAUCUGGCGCACACGACCCGGUUCUACGACACUUGCGCCCAUGAGAUUGUCAACUCGGGAAAAGUCGACAUGGAACAUAUACUCAGUUUCCUCAACACGGUACGCAUCUCCACAUCCCACGACGCUUCCAGGAUCAGUCGGAUGCGAGAAAACCUUUACCUCGACGAACUCGGCAUCAAGCAUGGAAACGACAAGGAGGAAUCUCUUUUCACUUUGGAAUCACUGGCUGCCAAAAAGGCAGCCGCUGAUCUGGUUCGAAAGACAUACAAGAAAUACGAACCUCCCAAGGACAGGACCAAGAAGCCUGACAACAAAUUUACCAAGGACAAAUCUGGAACAGGCGACAAACCCAAGGAUCAACAGUCGGGCAAGUCGCAAUCCAAGGAUAAGUCAGGAUACAAAUCCGACAACGGCAAGUCGGGUUACAAGUCGGGUUACAAGUCGGGUUACAAGUCGGACGGAGGCAAGUCUGACGGCAAGUCUCGGUACAAGUCUGGUGGCGGUCAAGGCAGGAAGCAACCAGACCAGGGAAACGACGGGGAGAAGUCGGAUUAG